AUGGCGACGACUCAACAGGAGAUGUCGAAGCUGACGGCCAACACCACAUCAUGGUGGAAAGACCCCGGCCGCAGAAAGCUCAACCUGCUCUUGGUUAUCGCUCUGGUGUCGUCCGCGACCAACGGAUAUGAUGGAUUUCAACAGCCCGGCUGGCUCGACUCAAGGUCUACUCAACGCCAUCCAGCCUGUUGGCGGUCUAGUCAGUACGUGAAGUCUGAUCUGCUACGCCAUGUGGCCGGAAAGCUGAUGAUUGUGACAGGUCUGAUCAUAGCACCGUACAUGGCUGAUUACGGUGGGCGCAAAUGGACGAUAUUCACGGGCUGCGCUAUUGUCGUCAUUGCCGGAAUCGUCCAGUGUCUUUCCAUCAAUAUCCACAUGUUCAUCGCGGCCCGAUUCUUGAUCGGCCUUGGAUCUGGAUUCUCCGGCCUUGGCUCGCCGCUUCUGAUUACAGAGGUUGCACAUCCUGCUGAACGCGGUAUCCUCACAGCAUUGUACAACACACAGUACUACUUUGGAGCCUUCCUCGGAGGCUGGAUCACUUUCGGCACCCUCUACAUCCCCUCAAACUGGGCAUGGCGACUUCCAAGUCUGCUCCAAGCCGCGCCAUCGUUCUUUCAGCUCCUUUUGGUCAUUUUGCUGCCAGAGUCUCCACGUUGGCUCAUGUCGCGCGGCAAAGAUGAAAAGGCUCUGGAGAUUCUGGCCAAGUAUCACGCCAACGGCAAUCGUGAAGACCCGCUGGUCAGGUUCGAGUACGCGGAGAUGAAAGCUUCAAUCGCGCAAGGCGAGCAAAAGGGACGUUGGUCCGAUCUCUUUGCCACAAAGGGCAACCGCUACCGUGUCUUCAUCUGUCUCGCCUGUGGUGUCUUCUCGCAAUUUUCAGGGACCAGCAUUGCGUCCUACUACCUUGCCAAUAUCCUCAACGCCCUUGGAUACGAGAAUGACCCGACCUACAAGAACUUGCUUAACGCCUUCAUCCUGAUGGCCAACAUGUUCGAAGCCUGGUUCUGGGCCUGCAUGGUUGAUCGUUUCGGGCGUCGACCACUCUUCCUCACUGCCGGAUGCGGAAUGUGCUGCACCUUCGCCACAUGGAUUGCCUUGACAGCUCGCAGCACGCAGGAUCCGAGCAACUUGGGCUACGGCAAAGGUGUCAUCGCCAUGAUCUUCUUCCAUAACUUCUUCUACAACUUCGCCUGGAUUUCUCUCAACGUCUCCUACCCGCUCGAGAUCCUCACAUUCAAGAUCCGAGCCAAUGGUCUGCUGCUCCAAAACAUCGGCACGUACAUCUGCCUGUUCCUCUCGCAAUACACCAUUCCUAUUGGUAUCAAAGCAGGCGGCUGGAAGUUUUACUUCUUCUUCCAAGGCUGGCUGUUCAUCCAAGUCGUUGUCGUCUACUUCUUCUUCUUCGAGACCCGCGGCGCCACGCUCGAGGAGAUUGCCAAGACGUUCGACGGUGCUGAAGCUGUCGAGGAGGUCAAGAUGAGGGCGGUGCAGGCCGAAGGUGUGCAUGAUAUCCGGGAGGAUGAUGCGUAUGACGAGAAGCGUGGAGCCAACGACCAGGGAGUAACGCAUGUCAAUGAGGUCAAUGAGAAGCACUUGUAG